GGUAGAAUGGUACUGCGGUGCAGCAGCAUGAGGAACCGGGGCGCGAGAGGAGCUUUAUUCUCGGCCACGCUGGCGGUGUGUUUGAUGGUGGCGCAUUUCACCGUUCCGUGCCAUUGCCGAGCGGCGUCAGGAGCGACGGCCACAGCAGCAGUCAACCAACGACAGCGGCAGGCAAAUAUUUCCAUCGAAAGUAACUCGAUUCAACGGUUGGCCGGCGAAACGGAAGCGUCAAACGGGGCGUCAUCGGCUAUGGCAGCUGUCAGCUAUGGUGAAUCGAAUGGUGUCGCCACUGGUGACAGCAGUAGUUCCGGUCAACCCCAGCAGCCUUCAACGGAAGCAUCGAACACGACCACGAUGACAACGACGACAACGACGACGACGGUGAUGACCGUUCAGAAGGAACUGAAGCGCGUGUUUCUAUCCAAUCGGACCGUCACGUGUAACGAUGGUUCGCAGGCGGGGUUCUACCUACGGAAAUCACCCGGCUCCAGACGAUGGGUUGUGUUCUUCGAAGGAGGCUGGCACUGCUACGAUCACAAGUCCUGCCGUGCCAGGUGGCUCAAGUUAAGGCACCUGAUGACCUCAGCCCAGUGGCCGGAAACCAGAGACGUUGGUGGUCUCCUGUCUCCGGUGCCUUCGGAGAAUCCCUACUGGUACAACGCCAACCAUGUGUUCGUACCGUACUGCAGUAGCGACUCGUGGAGUGGAACCAAAGUGAAGCCGGAAACAAGGGACGGACUUCGGUUCAUGGGUUCGUUGAUUGUGCGGCAGGUGAUUGCCGACUUGAUACCGCUGGGGCUGGGCCACUCGCAGGGAGCCGACCUGCUGAUGGCGGGAUCCUCCGCCGGCGGUUUGGGAGUGAUGCUCAAUCUGGACAAGGUGCGCAGUUUUCUGCAGAAUGAGAAGGGUCUCAAGGUGAGCGUCCGUGGCGUCAGUGACUCCGGAUGGUUUCUGGACCGGGAACCGUACACAGCGGGAGCGGUCGCCGCGUCGGAAGCCGUUCGCCAGGGAUGGCGAAUGUGGGACGGUGCACUGCCUCAAGCUUGCGUAGCCGAACACCCGAAGGAACCGUGGAGGUGCUACUUUGGCCACCGGCUGUACAACACCUUGAAGGCUCCCCUGUUCGUGUUCCAGUGGCUUUUUGAUGAAGCACAGAUGCGAGCCGAUCACGUGGGUGCUCCGGUAACGCCUCAACAGUGGGACUACAUCCACGAUAUGGGCGGUGCUCUGCGGGAAUCAUUGAACAACGUCACGGCCGUGUUUGCUCCUUCCUGUAUCGGGCAUUCCGUUUUGACUAAACGAGAUUGGAUGAAUAUCAAGAUCGAUGAUGUAAGCUUGGCAGAUGCACUUCGUUGUUGGGAACAGUCGGACGUACGGGAUCGUCAGGUUCAACGGCGCCAGUCGAAUCGUAAUCCAAGUCCUCAGAAAAUGCGACGAAAGCACAACGGGGGCAGACGGAAGAAGCAGCAAAACGAUCAGGGUGGACAAGGACAGGAGGAAGUGCCAAGACCCAAGCUGACCAAAGAAGAGCGCGCACGCAGACGUCAGGAACGGCAGCUACAGCGAAGGCUGAACCGGCUGAACAAUAAGAACAACGGACGAGAAGGAGGCAAGAACCACACUCGCCACCAACAGAGAUUGGAAGAAUCCCUAUCAACGAAAGUUCCUAGACUAGAGCGAUCGCCAAAUAGUACCGGUAAAAAUAGUAAUAGUCCUAGUAAUGGCAGCCCCAACUCUAAAAAGCAGCAUCAGCAGCAGCAGCAGAACCAGAAUGGUCACCAUCGGUUGCGAAAUCAGAACAAGAAGCGAUUGAAUCAUAAAAAUCGUAACCGCCAAAACAUGAACAACCGAAAGCAUCAGCAGCAGCAGAAUGUGAAUCCCUUCGGGUUGGAUCUGGUGGAACCAAAGAAAUGCUCUCUCCGGUUACUGGAGCGGUGCAGUUGGCCGCAGUGUAACCAUUCCUGUCCGACGCUGACGAAUCCGCUGACGGGCGAGGAGAUGAAGUUCCUCGAGCUGCUGGCUUCGUUCGGGCUGGAUAUGGACGCUGUGGCGACGGCUCUCGGCGUCGACAUGCAGACCCUGAACAACAUGGACCACGCGGAGCUGGUCAACCUUCUAACGCAGCAGGUCACGUAGCGCGAGGCUCGACACACCCACGUGUAAUGUAAAUAGCUGAACAGAUCCGGAUAGAUAGAUGAUAAUUUAUUUUUGCAUUAGGCCUCUUUAGUGGUAGGCGAAAUAUUUGAUUAACUUCAAAUGGUUGCAUAAUUCGAGCAAGAUGUGUUUCUAAGUUCUAAAUUUUUGGUUGGCCGACUGGCUCCGAUCGUGCCAGUUGGCUGAUUUCCCCACAAUCGAUUCGGUCCACGUUUUCUUUAGAAAUGCAGCUCACUUUUGUUGAGAUUAUAUUAAAAACAAAUAUACUGUUCAUAGUGCAUGUAUAUAUAACUACCUAAGCAAUGCAAAGAGCUACAAAACAAACUAAACCAGACUGAAUCAUUUACGUUAAAGCAUUAUUUAUUUUUUUCGUUUUUAAGCACAUGUACAAUAUAGAAGCUUUACACAGAGAUGCAGCGGAGAAUGAUGGCGACAGUUGAACCCAGUACUUAGCAUUAAUUUUUAGAUGAGCGACAAAUCGUCUAGCGUAAUUUAAGCUUCCGCGAUAGAAAAAGUAGCAGUUGUAUUUAUUUUUCUGUUUUCCUCGACAUCAAC